CCUAGACAUACUCAGGAUACCUACCUAGUGCUUCAGAGAGAUACAGAACAAACAGAGACGUCUACAGUGAUCUUUAUCCUGGGAGACUCCGGACUAUUACUGCACAAAGCAAAUUAUACAGGUACCAUGAUAUCAACACACUGUAUGUAAAUACAGACAGACAGAAAGAGGAUAGACAGACAGACAGACGGAUAGAUUGAUAGAUAGAUAGAUAUAUAGAUAGAUAAAUAGAUAGAUAGAUAUUGCAUAGAUAGAUAGAUAGAUGGCUUGCAAAAGUAUUCACCCCCUUAGCAUUUUUCGUGUUUUGUUGCCUCACAACCUGGAAUUUACAUGGAUUGUUUGAGGAUUUGCAUCAUUUAAUUUACAGAACAUGCCCACAACUUUGAAGAUGUCUUUUUUAUUUUUUAUUGUGAAGCAAACAACAAACAGGACAAAAUAACAGAAAAAGUCAAUGUGCAUAACUAUUCACCCCCCUAAAGUUAAUACUUUGUAGAGCCACCGCCAAUCACAGCUCCAAGUUGCUUUGGAUAAGUCUCUAUGAGCUUGCCACAUCUUACCAUAUGGAUUUUUGCCCAUUCCUCCUUGCUAAACUGCUCCAGCUCCUUCAAGUUGGAUGGCUUGCGCUUGUGAACAGCAAUCUUUAAGUCUGACCACAGAUUUUCUAUUGGAUUGAGCUCUGGGCAUUGACUAGGCCAUUCCAACACAUUUACAUGUUUCCCCUUAAACCACUCAAGUGUUGCUUUAGCAGUGUGUUUGGGGUCAUUGUCCUGCUGGAAGGUGAACCUCCGUCCUAGCCUCAAAUCACGCACAGAGUGGUACAGGUUUUGCUCAAGAAUAUCCCUGUAUUUAGCACCAUCCAUCUUUCCCUCAACUCUGACCAGUUUCCCAGUCCUGGCUGCUGAAAAACAUCCCCACAGCAUGAUGCUGCCACCACCAUGUUUCACUGUGGGGAUGUUGUUCUUUGGGUGAUGUGUUGAGUUUGCGCCAGAGAUAGUGUUUUCUUUGAUGGCUGAAAAGGAAAAUUUUAGUCUCAUCAGACCAGAGCACCUUCCUCCAUACAUUUUGAGCCUUUUCGCAAACUCAAAACAUGCCAUUUUUUUUUUUGAUGAAAGCAAUGGCUUUCUUCUGACCACUCUGCCAUAAAGCCCAACUCUAUGGAGCGUACGGCUUAUUGUCGUCCUAUGUAAAGAUACUCCAGUCUCUACUGAGGAACUUUCCAGCUCCUCCAUUGAUAACUUAGAUCACUGUGCUGCCUCUCCUUGCCUGGUCCGUGAGUUUUGGUGGGAGGCUGUCUCUUGGCAGGUUUGCUGUUGUGCCAUGUUCUUUCCAUUUGGUUAUGAUAGCUUUGAUGGUGGAUCAUCGAAGAUUUGGAUAUUUUUUUUUUAACCUAGCCCUGACUUAUACUUCUCAACAACAUUGUCCCUUACUUGUUUGGAGAGUUCCUUGGUCUUCAUGGCAGUGUUUGGUUAGUGGUGCCUCUUGCUUAGGUGUUGCAGCCUCUGGGGCCUUUCAAAAAAGGUGUGUAUAUGUAAUGACAGAUCAUGUGACUCUUAGAUUGCACACAGGUGGACAUCAUUUCACUAAUUAUGUGACUUCUGAAGGUGAUUGGUUGCACCAGAGCUUUUUAUGGGCUUUAUAACAAAGGGGGUGAAUUUAUACGCACAUGCCAAUUUUCUGUUUUCUAUUUCUAUAUAUUUUUCUCUUUCACUUCACCAACUUAGACUAUUGUGUUCUGAUCCAUCACAUUAAUUUCAGAUUAAUAAAACAUUGAACUUAAGGCUGUAAUGUAACAAAAUAGGUAAAAAGUCAAGGGAGGUGAAUAUUUUUGCAAAGCACUAUAGAUAUUGUAUAGACAGAUAGAUACUGUAUAGAUUAGAUAGAUACUGUAUAGAUAGAUAUAUACUUUAUAGAUAGAUAAAUAGAUACUGUAUAGAUAGAUACUGUAUUGAUUAGAUAGUGUGGCGAAACAGACCUCGCCACGUGUUCUUGGAGGGGGCUGCUUGCCCACCUCCUACCUUCUGACUAUGGUCCUGGGAUAUAUGGCAUUUGAAAACACUGUUUGUGCCCUGUGACAAAACUGGAGAUUGUGCACAAAUAUGACUAUUGUCCAUAUUUUUUAUGAUUCCCUUUGUUUAUUGCACUGUUCCCAAUGUGUUUCAUCUGUUGGUUCGGCUGGAUAGAUUACCAGACAAACUGUGGAGUUACUGGGUGGCCGCUAUUUCAUGUAUCAGACACUCGGUGAGAACAAUGGAUGAAGCACAUGGUGAGAACAAUGGAUGGCGGCCAUUUUAACUCACAGACACUGUUUAGACUUUUCUACACGGUGCCAUCUCGCCGGUAUUUGGUGCACAAAGACAUCGUUCAGUAGUUUUAAACUACAGAACAGGGGACACAUUUAACAGUAAAUAUUUUUAUAUAGCCUGUAUAUGUUCUGCGGAAUCUGCAUUAAACCAUAUCUUCCAAACUACUGAACGGAUUUGGGUGAAUUUUGGAUAUGUGGUCCAAUGCCCAAAACAGUUCCAGAGAAUUAGUCUGUGUGGCCGGUCUAUUUUAAACAGUCGAAGUACCAUUCAAAUUACUGAACGGAAUGGUGAAUGACCAUAGUCAAUGUGUGUCACUUGUUCGUUGGUUUCUGUUCACCGAAUAUCGUUUGACUCCCGUUCGAAUACCCAAAGUUCAAUGAAAGGUGAAGUUCAGCGGAGUUCGUGCCGUUGCGUGUCCAAUUUGAGUUCCAUGAACUCAACGACAAAACCCCUCUGAAAAGGUUUGACUAAACAAGAUGGCCAUCGCCAUGUGUUCGACUAUACGAACGGCAACCACCCAGCCGUUCGCAAAUUUGGCUGUGGUUAACUACCAGCCUUGGAGGUAAAUAGGCUGCACACUCCACUUGUGUGUUGUCCGCUGUUCGCUGGUUCGAAGUAGCACUUCGAACCACUUCGAAAGUUCGAAGAACAAUUGUUUAACCCCUUAAGGACACAUGACAUGUGACAUGUCAUGAUUCCCUUUUAUUCCAGAAGUUUGGUCCUUAAGGGGUUAAAGUCCCAACAGGCACAUAUAGGGUCUCUCAACCACAAUAAAUUAAAGGGGCCAUAGUCACAGGGUAAAAGGCUGGCAAGUAGUCCCCUCCAAACCCCAGUGGCUAAGUGGCUUUCGCCACAGCUUUGUCCCUGUAACCUUGUAGGGUCAGGUCAGAGGCUACCUCUGUAGUGGUUACCCCGUGCAGGAUUCUCAGCUUCCAGUCAGUUCCAAGUGAAGAAGCUCUUACAAGAGCUAGUGUGAAUAGCUGUAUAGCGGUUACCCCCAAUAAGAGACAAGACUCUAGAUUGAGGGUGAAGUAGAACUGUUGGGCUCUCUGUUCUCGGUGCGGUCAGUACCUGUAGAUUGUAGGCUCUUCUUUCCCUCGCCUCCUCCAUCGCUGCAUUGAGAAGCUGGGUUACCACUUCUACCUGUGGAUUUGGCCCAUAGAGUGCCAGCCUACCUUGCACGAUUCUCUGGAUCUUGUCCUCUUCCCCGUUUGGUGAGUUAGCGUUAGCCAUGAUGUUGUUUUGGUCCAUUUAGACCAGUUCAGCUAUUAAUUCCCGUCUCAGUCUGUUGCUAGCUGAACACCCACGGCUCUCUAGCAAUCCUUCAAUGUUGGCCGUUUCAGUUUUUCAUACUCUGUAGAUGUAACACGUCCUCUGGGAAGACAGGACCAUCCCGCCGCUGCCACCACUGUAACGGAUCAGCUGGUACCCCAACUGGGUACCUCCAUUAUUGGAUGCUCCUAGCACUUCCUGAGGGCUCCAAAGACUCCAGCAGACACCAUAACCACCGUAGACUCCUUCCGGGAGCAAGACAGGAACAAGCUCUUAAAAAAGCUUAGAAGUGAUUAUCCAAAGGAGCAUGCAGAGCAUAGCAAUCCUGUAGUAAUAUAGCAAUUCCCCCAAAAGAGACAGGACUCUAGAUUGAGGGUGAAGAAAAACUGUCUAAAACUUUAUUUUCUAGCCCAUAUGGCCAUUACAUUAACAUUGCUGUGAAAACCCAAUAAAAUUACAAACAGUCAAAUCAUAGCAGGCAACAUACAGUGACUUAUUAAAACACAAUGGCAUAUUUUUAAAGAGGUGGGGGAGACAAUAAUUAACAGAAAAUAUCUCACGUGUCUGAAGAAUUAGCAAUAUGCAAAUCUUCCCGAAUAUGCAAAUGAACAAGUCUUGCUAUUCAGGUAGUGCAUAUGCUACCAACAGAGGGCACUAGACAAACUCCAUAGCCAAAUCCACCUAGUUGGUAGCAAACCACAGCAGUACAGGAGAGCAGGCAAUACAUCCCAGGGGACAUAGUCACAUGGCAGGAGGCUGGCAAUCAGUCUUUUCCAAUGCCCAGUGGCGAGGCUGGUUCCGCCACAACCUCCUUCUCAAACUUAGCGGGAGUAUCCCAGUGUAGGGGGACCAGGUGAGGGAUAGGCUCCCAGGACUCAGAGUUUAGGUGGUGAGUACGUGUGGCCCGCGUGUAGGGUCAGGAAUGGCGCCCAGAGCUAAGGGGGCUGACUCGGGGGGCUUGCUGACAGGGCUUUCUACGGGACCUUGGGGGAUGGAAAGGGCCACGGGUGUUUACCUGAGCCUCAGAGUGUGAAAUGUCCGGGGUGGUGCAGGAUUGCUGGUGAGUCAUCACUGGGUAGACUUCUUCCUGGGUCAGAUUGCCGAGAAGUACCUUGGUGGAUAGUCGGUCCAUGAGGCCCACUUUGCAUCUCCGGGCUCCAGCGCCCCAAUCCAGGUGUACACAUGCAGUGGUUAUAUAGUGGACAUUCCCUCCAGCCACUCCGACAGCUACGGUACCCCUGUCUGUUCUUCCUCCGGAACUAGCUGUGGUCGCACCAGUGUGACCCACUGUGAUCUGCAGUUUAUUUUGAGGUGGCCAGGCUGGUUGCACUGGAAGCAGCGCUGAUCUGCCCCGAGGUAGACUUGCUGGGAGUCUACGAAGUGGAGUUGUGGCCACGGGUUGGGCUGGAACAGAGGUGGAGUGGGUGGUCGGUAGGAAACAGGGGCCACUGGGCACUGGGACCACCGGGUGUCGAUAUUUUCAUCUGCCCACUGAGCCACCUCAGUGAGAGUCUUGGGUUGUCGAUUUCUCACCCAUUCUCGUACUUUGUUAGGGAGCCCAUCAUUAAAAUGUUCCGACAUGAAGAACUGGGUGAUCUCCUCCGGGGACUUAGCUGGUUGGGAGUUGAGCCAGUUCUGGGUGGCCCUUGGGAUGAGGCAUGUCCACUCCGCAUUGGGAGUCCCUUUUCCCUUUUCUGGUCUUCCUGAACUUUCAGCGGUAUUGCUCGGGGGUGAUAGCAUACCUGGCUAGGAGGAUCUGUUUGAUAAAGGCAUAGUCCCUGAUCUGGUCCUCUGGUACAGCCCGCUAAGCUUCCGCUGCCUCACCCACUAAUUUGCUGGCCAGGAUGGUGACCCAGUCGGUAGGGUCGACUGCUUGUAGUAGGCACUGGUGCUCAAAAUCCUGUGGGAAGUCAUCAAUGCCUCAAAAAAGGUCCUGCUGAUGGUCUCCUCUGAGGGUGGCUCUGUGUAAUAUGUCAGGCGCCGGGCCACCUCCUUUCGCACUUCCUCCUCUUCUCCGGCCCCUGGCUGGGGAGUAGUUGCCUCACUGCGUGCCUGGUCAUCUUCCAUAAGUGCAGAACUCCAUACGGCCUUGUUACGACUGUCAGGGGUUAUCCCUCUGGCUUCACACAAGUCUUGCAAUGUUGGUCACUUUAGAGUACUAUAGUCCAUGGGUCUGUUGGCAGGAACAUAGGAUCCCGCCGCUUGCCACCAGUUGAAGUGGGCCCUGGGUAACCCGGCUGGUUAUUCCCUUUUGUAAGAAUAGGUCAGACCCAUUUUCCCAGUAAAUGGACGGCACAAAGUUCCAGGAUACAACUUUUGACAAUCUUUAUUUGGGCAUACAGCUUUUUAUGCACAGACCCCGGCAGUGGGUCUCCAUCCAACAGAACACAAUCCAGGCAGGAGGGGGCUAGGUCACAGAUUACCACCUCCUGCUCUGGGAGAUACUUAAGUUACAGGACACAGGGAAACACAUGAAUACGCAUUACAUAAAGGGGGGUGAACUUUGGGGCUUGGUGCCCUGGGACGGAAAGGGGAUACAGGGUUAAAACAUACAUCAAUAAAUAGCCCCGGGUCACACUUGGGAUCCCUGCAAAAAGCGGGGCAAUCGGAUGUGCAGAGCCCAUGAUAUCAGUAUCCAAAGUCUGGGGCUUGAGGCUCUGUACAUUCCCAAAAUUAGUUCCAGGGAGUUGCUUGGUUUAGUCUGGCGAAUUCAAACUACGCGCCUGUGACGAAAGUAACUUCACCACUGGUUUUAGGAGGGGCCUGUUUGCGUGCCUCCUACUUUGGGACUAUGAGUCCUGUGAUAACCCAUGUUCAAAAGUACUGUUUCUGCCCCUUGGACUUUUAACUGGAACAGAUUCAAACAUGUGGCGACGGCCAUCUUAAAUUGUCCAGCAUUGUUUUGUUGUCGAGUGUAUGGAACUGUUUUGGGCAUGGGACCAUGUGCACGGUGGGGCAAAAAUAAGACUUCCAGGAAAUUCCUGAACCCCUGAACUGAUCUGGGUGAUUUGGGGAUAUGUUGUUCACCCAGAGCAGGGCUAUCAGGGGAUGUGACUGUAUUUGUUGGGGGUAUGUUGUAUUUUGAAGUACUUUUUGGGGUUUGCAAAAAUGUAUGUUUUUUUAUGCUGAGAGUUAAUUGAGUUAGCCCAUUGUCUUCAUUAAUUAAAUCACAGGCAACGGGGCAGGAUUGUGUACACUGUAUUGGAGUGACUUAAUAUAAAAGUAUAUUUUUAUUGGCUUGUUGUUCCUGUGUUCCUGUGCCCCACAAGGUCCAUCUGGGUGGUAACCUUGUGGGGAAAACUGUAUAAAAGACCUAUCUGUUCAAUAAACCCUCAGAUCUGCUGACCCUGUUUUACCCUCAACACUUAGUCUUGUCAUGUGAUUAGAGGGGAACUGCUAUAAUCACACUGGGGAUUGCUAUACUUUGUAUUCUCCCCUGGGCUCUAAUCACUUAGCUCUUUAAAGAGCUGUUCCUGUUAUGCUCUCCUGGAGGAGCGGUCUCUCCCACACAGUCCUGGAUGUUAGAGGUUGGUCCAGGGGGAAGGAAGACAGCGAGAUUCCAGUUAUGCUAUGACAGUUGUGGAGUCUGCGAUGGUUGAGGUGUCCGGUGUGAUGCUUAUGGUCCUCGGCAUCAGCUAGGAGGCAUCCGUCUAAGGAGUUACCCAGCCGGGGUGCCAGGUGAUCCGUUACAGCGCCUAAACCAGGCAACAGCCAAUUGGCUGAAAGGGCUCAAACCAAAUUGCAUCAAUCGGCAUUCAAGGGAGAGAGGGGUUUCACGGCCCAAUCAGAAGAAAGGGUGCGAAACCUGAUUGCACCAAUCCGCUGAAAGGCGCAAAAUCAAUUCGUGCCAAUCAGCGCCCUGGCGCAAGAGGGCUUCACAGCCCAUUCAGAUGAAAGGGCGCAAAACCUUAUUUGAAUGGGCGUGCCUGCUCCGAUUGGUUGCCAGCGCCUCGCAGCGACCAAUCAGUGCUCACUCGUGCUGACCAACCAGGAGAAUGGUGCGAACCCAGUUUGAACGGGCGAUCUCUCUCAAAUUGCUCAGCACGGACUUCCACGCGACCAGCGGAGGCCUGCUGCUGCGAGACCAACUCACAGCUCCAGAGAUGCUGGUGCAUCUCCCUCUCUCCAGUGGAUGUCCCCACUCCGGUAUCCGCCGGAGAGCGCGCUCGCCUGGGCAGCCACAAGCUUAGUCUCAUAGCUCCCAGGUUUAGGUGUAACCAGUGAUUAUAGCUCCGUUAGGAGCAGGUAGGCUGCUUCCCGACACAGGGAUCAAAGACAGUGUGCACAGGCCAUUUCGGAAUGCUCCCCCUGGUAGGGGUUUGGUGAUGUGAACUGGCGGCCACCCAGGGGAAGCACGCGCCGCUUGUUCCCUUGUGGUCUGCGGUUUUCACACCUUGUUAGUGAGGUGUGAAUGUUCUAAGUAAACGUUCUAAAUGGAGUGCCGAGGUGGUCAGGUGAAUGGGGCUCCAUGCGCCGGAGCACCCCCAGGAGCUCAAAAGCUAUUUUGCAUAUUUGGUUUAUGGUAAAAAUGACAGAAAGGGGGAAAUUAAAAACAAGGGGGGGUUGACACACAUCCACACAUAGAAAAAGGGCAAUUUACAGUUAGGCAGCUGUCCCACCACAAGCAUCCCUGUAGGUCUGGUGCAGAGACUGCGGUCCCAUCUGCAUCAUUGGGGUCAGAGGUGUUGUCCCCCUGUAGUUGCGGAGAGGGGCCAGUUGUCGCCUCACCUGGUAUCUCUGGCUGCUGCUGCUGGAGAGUGAGGCCGGUUGCCUCCACUCCCCAGGACGCUUUGUGCUGCUGGGUAGAGGGACCGAUCAACUCCUCCCCCUGUAACUCCGGCUGCAGCUGGGGAGAGAGACUGGUUUUCUCCUCUCCCGGCAUGGUACCCUGCGGCAGGGGAGAAGGACUGACUGUCCCUACUCCCAGUAACUCCGGCUGUAGUUAGGGAUCUGGGCCGACUUUUUGUAGGUUUGGUUGUUGUCUAAUCUUUUUGUAGGUUUGGUUGUCUAAUCUGUAGACAGUUCUCUAUCUUGCGGCAGGAGAUUGUAUUUUUGAAGUCUGAGAUUUGUAAAUUAUCUGGUAAACAAACUGUGGCUCUACAUAAUUCAUUUUCUGCACUUUCAGAGUGUAAUGGUGUUGUGGAGAGAGGUACUGAGGCUAGUGGUGUUGUGGAGAGAGGCACUGAGGCUAGUGGAGACAGGCUCAGACACUGAGGCUAAUGGUGUUGUGGAGACAGGCUUGGAGACUAUGGUGAGGCCCAAUAGAAAGCAGUUGUUGUUGGGGGAUUCCAUCAUAAGAGGACAAUGGUGGUCUUGUGAGGUGUCUUCCCGGAGCUACUGUUCACAGAGACAGGAGACAUAUCUGUAAUAUUGUUAAGCGAGCAAAGCAGGAAGGGGAAUUGGAUGUACUUGUCCAUCUAGGGACAAAUGACUUGGCUUGCAAUGAGGUUUCAGAGGUUAAGGAAGUUUUUAGUGUUUUUGCCAAUGAUAUAAAUUAUGCAGAUAUUAUUUACACUUUGACUCCAAAUGAGUCGUUAUAGCCUAUUUAAGGUUAUUUUUCUAUAUACACUUUCUUCUAUAUAUACCAAUUCUGGGAAUGUGAUGUGUUAAGGGUACUUAAUAGCAAUACUCUGUGAUCUUGAUCAAGGAUCUCUAAUCGAUAAGGGAAAUAACUUACUUCAGGGUAUCUCCUUAUACACACUUUCUUCUAUAUAGGAAAACUCUUUGAACUUGAUGUACUUUAUGUGUUAAGGAUACUUAAAGGACCACUCUAGGCACCCAGACCACUUCAGCUUAAUGAAGUGGUCUGGGUGCCAGGUCCAGCUAGGGUUAACCCAUUUUUUAAUAAACAUAGCAGUUUCAGAGAAACUUUAUGAAUGGGUUAAGCCUUCCCCCAAUUCCUCUAGCAGCUGUCUCACUGACAGCCACUAGAGGCGCUUGCGUGAUUCUCACUGUGAAAAUAACAGUGAGAGCACGCAAGCAUCCAUAGGAAAGCAUUGAUAAUGCUUUCCUAUGUGACCGUUUCAAUGCGCGCACAGCUCUUGCCGCGCGUGCGCAUUCAGCCGACUGGGUGGAUCGGAGGCGGAUCAGAGGGAGAGAGCUCCCCGCCCAGCGCUGCAAAAAGGUAAGUUUUAACCCCUUUCCCCCUUCCAGAGCCGGGCGGGAGGGGGUCCCUGAGUAUCUUUUCCUGGCACUAUAGUGGUCCUUUAAUAUUAAUACUCUGUGAUUUUGAUCAAGGAUUUCUAAUCGAUAAUGGAAAUUUCUGUACGUCUUUCGUAAAUUAUGGAAAUUAAUACGUCUUUCAAAGCUCGUUUGUUUUUGGGUAAUUAAGUAUUAGAUUCUCUUUCUAAUUAAUGUAAUUAAGUAUUGCUGAUAAGAAGUAUACUACUUCCAGCUGUUCAACUACUUGCUUAGGAUACUGAUUCAUAAAUGUGAUUGUUUAAAGUUUGUAUAUUGUAAAAUUGAUGUAUGUAUCAGCUUGACAAAGACCUUUUGGGGUCGAAACGUUGCUGUUGUGGUUCCUAAUAACCAAGGAGUGCCUGGACCUCUAUUACUUUAUUCAUUUUUGGAAACCUGGUGUUUGAUUCCGGUUCAGCGAGUACCCUGGCUCAGAUUUAUGGGAGUGAGUGCAGUUCCACACAUACUACUAAAAGUGUGAACUGUCAAUGUCAUAAUACUGUUUGCUUUUUACUGCAAUAAUAUACACAUAUUUGUAUACAGUGUACACCCUAUGUACAGGUUUUAUGGCGUUUUGGGAAGUUACAGGGUCAAAUAUAGCAUGUUACAUUUUCCUUUUUUUUCACAUUGAAAUUUGCCGGAUUGGUUAGGUUGCCUUUGAGACGGUGUGGUAGCCCAGGAAUGAGAAUUACCCCAUGAUGGCAUACCAUUUGCAAUAGUAUAAAACCCGACGUAUUGCAAAUGUGGUAUGUCCAGCUUUUUUAGUAGCCACUUAGUCACAAACACUGGCCAAAGUUAGUGUUAAUAUUUGUUUGUGUCUGAAAAAUGCAAAAAACUAAUUUGAAUGACAAUUUUGGCCAGUGUUUGUGACUAAGUGGCUACUACUGUUGUAAAUAUACCAUACAUUAGUUUUAUCAUUUAAGAAGUAAUUGGAUUAAUAGAUUUUAUCCAUUAAUGCCAUUAGGGCAUACUAUGCCACAAUCAGGGACGGCCUUAGGCCAUUAGGCACCCUGUGCGAAAAGCCUUCACGGUGCCCCCUCUCCCCCAAAAAAGUUGCUUUAUCUAUACCAUCACACACACAGGCAAAGGCAGACAGUCAAACAAACAGUUACAAGCAGACAGUCACACAUGCUCAGUUACAGGCAGACAGUCACAGAGCCAAACACACAGUUAAAGGCAGACAGUCACACACAGUUACAGGAACACAAUCACGAACAGUUACAGGCAAACAGUCACACACACAGUUACAGGCAGACAAUCACACACACAGAGUUACAGGCAGACAGUCACAAACAAACAGUCACACAUACUCCUUUACAAGUAGACAGUCAUACACACUCGGUUACAGGCAUGCAGACACGCACGCUGAUAGGCACACAUACAGGCACACACAUUGGCACAGCUACAACGACACACACAAUUGGAGUCACACACAGGCAGACAGUCACACACAGAAUAUCACACACACACAGGCAAACUGUCACACACAGGCAGACAGACAGAUAGUCACACACACACAGACAGACAGUCACACAGGCAGGCAGUUAUGCAGACAGUCACACACACACAGGGAGGCAGUCACACACACACAGGAAGGCAGACACACACAGGCAGGCAGGCAGUCAGUCACACACACAGACAGACAGUCUCACACACACAGGCAGUCACACACAGGCAGUCACACACAAGCAGGCAGUCAGACAGUCGCACACACAGGCAGGCAGUCACACACAAACAGGCAGUCAGACAGUCACUCACACAGACAGACAGUCUCUCACACACAGACAGUCUCACACACACACACACACACACACAGACAGUCUCUCACACACACACACACACACAGACGGUAACACACACACACAGGCAGGCAAACACAAAGACACACAGUCACUCAAUCAUGGAAGUGGCACUUCGAACAACUUUGAAAGUUGUUCGAAGAACCAUUGUUCAAAGUUCCAAUAGGCACAGAUAGGGUCUCUCAACCACAAUAAAUUAUAGGGGCCAUAGUUACAGGGUACAAGGCUGGCAAGUUAGUGUUAAUAUUUGUUUGUGUCUGAAAAAUGCAAAAAACUAAUUUGAAUGACAAUUUUGGCCAGUGUUUGUGACUAAGUGGCUACUACUGUUGUAACCCCAGUGGCAAAGUGGCUUUUGCCAUAGGCAUAAUACACUCUAAUGAUCUUCUUUUGUGAUCGCAAUCGGGGGGUGGCUGCCUUUCAACCCAGGACUUCACUCUGACUACACACCAAUGUGUGUACUGAAACGGCGACACAUUGAUGUAACUUUACUUCUAACCAAAUAAAAAAAUAUUCACAAAUACCCUGAGUGUGCCUCUCAAAAAAUGUAUAUAUAUAUAUAUAUAUAUAUAUAUAUAUAUAUAUAUAUAUUGUGGCAGGCUCAUGCAAUGUAUAAUCAUAUACUCUAACUAAUCCCCCAUUAUUUAUUGCCUAGGAGCGGUGUUUUUAAAUAAAACUAUUACAUUCUGUAAGACUUGAAAAUUAUUUAUAGUGAAUAAACAAGUGCGCUGAUGUUGUAUGAAUUGGCCCCAGCACCACCCUAUAAUGUAUGUAUGUUCAGGUAAGUGCUGCCAGUGGUGUACCUACCACAGUCGUAGGGGUCGCAGCUGUGACUGGGCCCCUCAGUGCAGGGAGCCCAGCCACUGCCACGACCCCUGCAACCGUGGCCACCUGGAUAACAUCUGGGCCUAUGCAGAGCCGCACCUACAUUUGUAACAGAGCACUUGUUCUGGCAGGGACUUUCCUUCGCUGGAUCACCAAGAGUAGAUUCAGGAACAAGAAAAUGCCAAGUAAAUAGCCCACCUCCUCCCCAGCAACUGGAUGACACACAGUUCUGGGAGUACAACUGACUUUAUUUUGCCACAUAUAGCUUUUAUGUAAAAAACACAAGGGUUUCUUUCCCAAAAUCCUUUGUGUUUGAGAUAUAAUUGGGUCCCAAUUAGUAUAUCACAAAUAUCUCUCAAAUACAGAAACUUACAGAUGUUUUUAAUGUACCCCAAAAAUACAUGAAAACACUACAGGAACCCCACACAAAUUUUAUUCCCGAAUAGCCUUGAUCUGAGCACAGAACAUAUCCAAAAAGUGCUCAGAUCGGUUCGGUAGAACGGAAGUUAUCGUCAAACACAGUUUUGACUGACCGGCAACAGAAUUGGGCAAGGUGGCCGGUCGGCUUUCGGGGGUCCAGAGGGCCAGGCGGCUGUCUCUCUGUCACACGUGGCGAAGGAGCUGUGUUCUGUCUGCUCUGCUCCCUCGCGUGCCGUUUGCUGAUCCCGGGAGCCGGAACAUGACAUCAUAUUCCGGCUCCUGGUAUUAGUAGACCGUGUGAGGGAGCAGAGAGAACACAGCUCCCUCGCUGCGUGUGACAGAGAGACAGCCGCCUGCCCCAGUGGACCCCAGGGACCCAUCCAUGCCAGCUUUCCUAAAAGGUAGGGAGGCUGGGUGGGUAGGUGGGAAAUGUUAAUUUUAAUAAUAUUACUAAUUUGUAUAUAUGUAUUGUGUGUGUGUGUUAGUGUAUGUAUGUGUGUGUGUGUUAGUGUAUGUAUGUGUGCGUGUGUGUGUUUCUGUUAGUGUAUUUAUUUGUGUAUAUGUCUGUUAGUGUUUGUUUGUGUGUGUAUGUCUGUUAGUUUAUGUCUGUUAGUGUAUAUGUGUAUUUUAGUGUACUUGUGAGUUUGUGUCAGUGUGCUUGUGUAUGAGCGUAUUUACAUCUGUUAGCUUAUGUAUGUGUGUGUGCAUGCGUGUAUGUGCUUCUGUUUUCCUGGCACUAUAGUAUUUCUUUAAAAGGAGCAGGAAAAGGUGGAGUCUAAAGAGGAAGGGGUGGGUUCUUAAUCAGGAAGGGUUGGUAAAUUUAGAUUAGGGGGGUGCUCAGGUAUAGUCAUGCCUAGGGGAGCACAAAAUUAAAAUACACCACUGUGUGAGUGUCUGAGUAUGUGUGUGCGUCUGUGAGUGUAUGUGUGUGUCUGAGUGUGUGUGUGCACAUGUUUAUUUAUGCAUACAUUUUUUGGGGGGUGGAGGUUUGGGGGGAGGAUCUUGGGCGAGUUCCCACACUUUUUCCCCAGGACUUGACCCCUGAAAACUUCCAUUACACUGUAGUAUUUAUGGUUCUUGAAGUGUACCUUAAAUAGACAUUUUUAUAAUGAAGUGUAACAUAAUGUCUCUUUUUUCACAGAAAUGGUUGAAUAGAUGGUGAGAGGGCUGAGGAGAUGACAAACAUGUUUCUCUGCACGGUAUUUGUGCUGCUAAUGACCAGUAAGUCUGUUAAUUGAUUGGGGAUUUUGUGUUACUGUAAAUCAGGUGAUUUGAAUUUGUAAUGUACGCGUAGAGUCCCCGUGCUGUGUGACACAGAUCAUUUUCAACCGUAAUGUUAUCUAAUAAAAACUGAUAAUAAAAAUGAAGCCCAUGGAGAAACGCAUCUUAGGGAAUAGGGCCCUGAUAGGGCUGGAAGAAGGGCUAUCGGAGGGAACAAUAGUGGGGAUUGGUGGGUUAGUGUUUGGGGGUUGACUUCUAAUUUCUUGCAGAGUUGGUGCACGCUUGUUGUGCUCUGAUUGGGCCUGGUAAGCUUUGUCUUUCAGGAUGGCUGAGCGGUCAAUGGAGGAGCUGCUGGCUGGCGUGCGGGAGGCUGCACAGAGCAGAGGGACAGCGCGGCUGCAGGAGAGGCUGGCAGCGGUGAUGUUGGUGGCAGAGCAAGAUGGCCAUGGAGGAGGAUGCCCAACUCGGAUUCAGAGGACACCGCAAUGCCUUCGUCUGUGGCUGGAGACGGGGAAGUCCCCCACAGGACUGGUGGGCCUGGCUGGAGCUUGCAGAGAGCCACCCACGCAUGAGACGGGCAUCGCUGGCUCCGUCCGGGGACGGACUCCGGGCGGUGGUGGCAGAAGAUGCGCAAGGGAGCCGGGUCUGUGGCUCCGGGCAUGGUAGUGACGGUAGCUGAGGGUGCCAAGGGGGGCUCUGGUCUCGGUGGGGACAGUAGCUGAGGCUCUUCAUUGUUUUGGCUACCUGGAUGGGAUCUGGGAGGCGUAUAGGAAGUAUGGGGGCAUGGCGUGGUAGAAAUACGACGAGAAAUUCCGCCAACAACAGGCAGAUAAUCCUGGUAUGUGGUGGGACCAAAUGGACCUGCAGUCGUGGAUGAAGCUCAUGAUGGCUCAGUCGGCUGCGUUGGCUGUCCACAGAAAGGGAUUCUUCUCUCAGGUAAAAAGGGGAGUUUGCCACAACCUUAAAACACACAAAACCCCCACAAACGUUACAACCCCUGAUUGCUUUGAUCUGGGUGAUCAACAGAUCCAAAAAUCACCCAGAUCAGUUCAGGGGUUCAGGAAUUUCCUGGAAGUCUAAUUUUGAACCGACCGUGCACAUGGUCCCAUGCCCAAAACAGUUCCAGGGAAUCAGGGCUAACGGUCGGUCUCUCUGUCUGGAGUCCAAAAGUACAUACCUCACAUGAAAGUGCAUCGGGUAAGGUAUAUGGCAGGGCCCAUAGUCCUGAGGCAAGAGGCUGGCCAGCAGGCCGCUCCAAGAACCCGUGACAGGGUUCAGUUUGUCACAGGUGGAUCUGGGUAUACCCCUACCAAGUGAAAUUGAUGAAUGUUGGCACUUUAAAUUUUAUAUUUAUGUGGUUGUUAUAUAUUGUGAAUUAUGUUAUGUUGGGGGUCAUUGCCUUGAUGUAAAUAUGGGAGAGAUGAUGUAAUUUUGGAGGUGUGGCAGGUAAUGAUCUUUAUAUAAUUGUAAAUCAUAAGUUAUUAUUAUUAAUAUUAUUAGCUUUAUUACCAUUAAAGCUGUUGACAUUUGUGACCCAUACCCAUGAGUGUCGGUGUCUUAUUGGGUGGGUUUGGUUAGGGUUCAUGGAUCAUUCCCCUGCCCAUAUGGCGACUAUGCACCUGCCAGGCUCUAUCGUGUUGGAGAUUAGAUUUUUGGGGAGUGUAGAUGGUUCUCUAAUGGAUAUUGCUUUCGGUCAAUUUGUAACAAGUUUACAAUCUAUUAGGAUAGCGAUAAAACUACAUGACCAUACAUGGGGGAAAUUAUAUAGGAGAUUAUAAUUCCAAUUCUGAGAUUGGUAAUUAUUGUGGACCAGCCAUUUGAAAGGCUUGUACGAAGUGGUUUUGCCCAAUUUGUGAAAGCACGUGUUAAAUUCUAUAAACCUGUCUGUGUGAAGGGUUAAUGAAUAAGCUGAACUAUUCCAAAAACAAGAAACAAAAUGAUUUUCCUUUUUUUUUUUUCUUCAGAUGGCUUAAACAGCGAAACUACUCCAGAUAUUUCUUUGGCUAUCUCAAAGGACAAUACAACCACGACAAACAUGUCUCCGACAUCCCAACCGAACAUAAAAGAGCUUACAACAACCAUCACCCCACUAACAACUACAGUGAUUCCUCAAACUACAACUACAGUUUCUUUACACUCCACAACAGUUAUCUCAACCAUUCCUUCAUCUGUACCCCAAACAACCACCACUGCUCCGCAAACAAUCACAACUGCACCCCAAAUAACUGCAACUGCUCCCCAAACACCCACCGCUGAUCCCCAAACAACCACAACUGAAGCCCAAACAACCACAACUGAACCCCAAACAUCCACCAAUGCACCCCAAACAACUACCGCUGCACCUGAAACAUCCACAACUGCUCCCCAAACAACAAUAACUGAACCACAAACAACCACAACUGCACCCCAAACAAGCACACCGGUACCUCAAACAACCACCACUGUACCCCAAACAACCUCAACUGCACCCCAAACAACCACCGCUGCUCCCCAAACAACCACAACUGUUCCCCAAACAACCACAACUGAACCCCAAACAACCACCAAUGCUCCCCAAACAACCACCACUGCUCCCCAAACAACCACAACUGAACCCCAAACAACCACCACUGUACCCCAAACAACUACAACUGAACCCCAAACAACCACAACUGCUCCCCAAACAACCACCGCUGAUCCCCAAACAACCACAACUGAAGCACAAACAACCACAACUGCUCCCCAAACAACCACUGCUGAUCCACAAACAACUACAACUGAAGCCCAAACAACCACAACUGAACUGCAAACAUCCACCAAUGCACCCCAAACAACUACCGCUGCACCUGAAACAUCCACAACUGCUCCCCAAACAACCACCACUACUCCCCAAACAACCACAACUGCUCCCCAAACAACCACCACUGCUCCCCAAACAACCACCAAUGCACCCCAAACAACAACAACUGAACCCCAAACAACCACCACUGCUCCCGAAACAACCACAACUGCUCCCCAAACAACCACCAAUGCUCCCCAAAGAACCACAACUGAAUCCCAAGCAGCCACCACUGCUCCCCAAACAACCACAACUGCUCCCCAAACAACCACCACUGCUCCCCAAACAACCACCAAUGCACCCCAAACAACCACAACUGAACCCCAAACAACCACCACUGCUCCCGAAACAACCACAACUGCUCCCCAAACAACCACAACUGAAUCCCAAGCAACGACCACUGCUCCCCAAACACCCACCACAGCUCCCCAAACAACCACAAAUGCACCCCAAACAACCACCACUGCUCCCCAAACAACCACAACUGAACCCCAAACAACUACCGCUGAUUCCCAAACAACCACAACUGCUCCCCAGACAACCACAACUGAACCCCAAACAUCCACCAAUGCACCCCAAACAACCACCACUGAACCCCAAACAACAAUAACUGAACCACAAACAACCACAACUGCACCCCAAACAAGCUCAGCGGUACCUCAAACAACCACCACUGUACCCCAAACAACCUCAACUGCACCCCAAACAACCACCAAUGCUCCCCAAACAACCACAACUGCUCCCCAAACAACCGCAACGGAAUCCCAAACAACCACAACUGAACCCCAAACAACCACAACUGCUCCCCAAACAACCACAGCUGCUCCCCAAACAACCACAACUGAACCCCAAACAACCACAACUGAACCCCAAACAACCACAACUGCUCCCCAAACAACCACAACUGCACCUGAAACAACCACAAAUGCUCCCCAAACAACCACCACUGUACCGCAAACAACAAUAACUGAACCACAAACAACCACAACUGCACCCCAAACAAGCACAGCGGUACCUCAAACAACCGCCACCGUACCCCAAACAACCUCAACUGCACCCCAAACAAGCACCAAUGCUCCACAAAUAACCACAACUGCUCCCCAAACAACCACCAGUGCUCCCCAAACAACCACAACUGCUCCCCAAACAACCACAACUGAACCCCAAACAACCACCAAUGCUCCCCAAACAACCACCAAUGCUCCCCAAACAACCACCACUGCUCCCCAAACAACCACAACUGAACCCCAAACAACCACCAAUGCUCCACAAACAACCACAACUGCACCCCAAACAACCACAACUGCUCCCCAAACAACCACUGCUGAUCCCCAAACAACCACAACUGAACCCCAAACAUCCACCAAUGCACUCCAAACAACUACCAAUGCACCUGAAACAUCCACAACUGCUCCCCAAACAACCACCACUGUACCCCAAACAACAAUAACUGAACCCCAAACAACCAGCAAUGAACCCCAAACAACCAGCAAUGAACCCCAAACAACCACAACUGAACCCCAAACAACCACAACUGAACCCCAAACAACCACAACUGCUCCCCAAACAACCACAACUGAACCCCAAACAACAAUAACUGAACCACAAACAACCACAACUGCACCCCAAACAACCACCACAGCUCCUCAAACAACAAUAACUGAACCACAAACAACCACAACUGCUCCCCAAACAACCACAACUGCUCCCCAAACAACCACCAUUGCUCCCCAAACAACCACAACUGCUCCCCAAACAACCACAACUGAACCCCAAACAACCACCAAUGCUCCCCAAACAACCACCACUGAACCCCAAACAACCACAACUGAACCCCAAACAACCACCACUGCUCCCCAAACAACCACAACUGCUCCCCAAACAACCAUAACUGCACCCGAAACAACCACAAAUGCUCCCCAAACAACCACAACUGCUCCCCAAACAACCACAACUGAACCCCAAACAACAAUAACUGAACCACAAACAACCACAACUGCACCCCAAACAACCACCGCUGCUCCCCUAACAACAAUAACUGAACCACAAACAACCACAACUGCUCCCCAAACAACCACCAUUGCUCCCCAAAUAACCACAACUGCUCCCCAAACAACCACAACUGAACCCCAAACAACCACCAAUGCUCCCCAAACAACCACCACUGAACCCCAAACAACCACAACUGAACCCCAAACAACCACAACUGCUCCCCAAACAACAACCAUUGUACCCCAAACAACAAUAACUGUACCCCAAACAACCACCAUUGCUCCCCAAACAACCACAACUGAACCCCAAACAACCACAACUGUACCUCAAACAACCACCAUUGCUCCCUCAAACAACCACAACUGCUCCCCAAACAACCACAACUGA